AUGGAACUAACCUCCCUGAGUCGACAACAGAAUGUAAGGACCAAUAGUCAACUCGCUGGUUUGAAUCCUUUUAUAGAUGAAAAGGGAAUACUAAGAGUGGGCGGUCGUCUCAAACAUUCUGAAAUGGCUUAUGAUAUGAAACAUCCUAUUAUUCUACCGAAAAAUCACUCCUUCACUACAAUAAUCAUCAACCAAGUGCACCUACUUAACCUACAUUCAAGCUUGUCGGUUACUAUGACCCUUCUUAGACAGAGAUAUUGGAUCAUACAUGACUGGAGCUCUGUCAAAAGAGUGAUACAUAACUGUAUUAAAUGUUAUCGAUUUAGAAAAGCAGCAUGUCACCAACUAAUGUCAAAUCUACCUACAUCCAGAAUUACACGAGCAACUGCCUUUGAAAAAGUUGGAGCUGACUUUGCCGGCCCAUUUAAUAUCAAAUCCAAACUUCGCUGUCGCACCUUCACAAAAUCAUACCUAACGCUGUUCAUUUGUUUGACUACUAAGGCAGUACAUUUGGAAAAGGUAGAUGAAUUGAGUACUGAAGAUUUUAUUGCUACAUUAAGACUACCAGCUAUCAUCAGUAGCGAUAACGGAACAAACUUUACUGGUACGAAGAACAAAUUGUGUGAGCUAUACAAACUAAUUCAGCAACUUGAUCAUCAAAACUCUGUUACAUUAUUCUGUCAGUCAAAGGAAAUUCAUUCCACCUGCUUCGCCUCAUCAUGGAGGGUUGUGGGAAUCGAAUAUAAAGUCUACCAAGGGUAUUCUGAAUAA